AUGAGACACCCGCAGAUUGAGUUGUAUGUUGAGUUUAAAGCUGUAGAGGCAGUAGCGGUCCAAAAUGAUAUAGAUGUAAAUGAUGAUAUAGCUGCGGUAUACGAAGGAAUGAAUAGUGACAGCGAAGAGGACUUCGAAGCCACUUAUGAAGCCGGCGACGAAGAUGAGGAUGGUGAUGUGGGAGUUGAGGCAGCAGUGGAGAAUGUAGUGGUUCAUCCCUCGAGCAGUCAACCGAUGGGCGUUCCACCUUUUAUGUGUGAGUUGGAUCUCGACGCCAUGCAUGCCCCCGAGUUUCCGAAAUAUGCAAACAGAGGUAUUGCUGAUCCUGAGGACGGAGAAUUUCGAAUUGGAAUGGAAUACAGUUCUAGAAAGUCGGUCGUUGCAGCAAUUAGAAGUUUCACUAUAUCUAGAGGAGUUGACUAUGAUGUGUAUGAGUCUGAGCCACAGACGUUCUAUGCAAAAUGCAAGAUGUACGGGCGUGGAUGUGACUGGCUUAUCCGAGCCAGCUUGAUACGAAAAAAAGGUUGUUGGGAGAUACGCAGAUACAACGGUAGGCACACGUGCACCAUCGGAACGAUUUCACAAGAUCAUUCCAAGUUGGACUCAGAUACAGUUGCUGAGGCUAUAAGGCCGUUGGUCGAGACAGACCCGUCCAUCAAGGUAAAAUCUAUAAUUGCGGAAGUCCAGUCAAGGUUCAACUAUACCAUCAGUUAUCGAAAGGCUUGGUUGGCAAAGCAAAAGUCCGUUGCCAACGUUUUCGGUGAUUGGGAGGAAUCUUACCAAGCAUUGCCGUGGUGGCUCUCGGCCAUGGUGCAGAAGAUUCCUGGUUCAGUUGUCCAAAUAGAAACACGACCACUCUACAACGGGAAUGAGGAGGCACAAGGUGUAAAAAUACUUCAUCGUGUAUUUUGGAGUUUCAAUCCAUGCAUUAGGGCAUUCAGGCAUUGCAAGCCCCUGGUUCAGGUUGACGGCACACACUUAUACGGAAAAUACAAAGGUACACUUCUAGUCGCUGUUGCACAAGAUGGGAACCAGAACAUUGUGCCUAUCGCCUUUGCCUUGGUGGAAGGUGAGACAGCUGAUGCGUGGCACUUCUUCCUCAGGAAUCUGCGACAGUAUGUUGUUAGAAAAGACGGUGUGGGUAUGAUCUCAGACCGGCAUGAGUCAAUACGGGUAGCAGUUAAUCGUUCCGGUGGUGACUAG